AUGAAAGAUUAUUUACCCUCCUGCAUAAGCCACAACCAUAUGGAUCAGACACGCCAGAAAACAGAAAAGGUAUAAAUUAGCUCUGUACUAAAAUCCCUCGAUGGAGUCAGCUGAAAGCAAACCAGUGAAAGUCCUCAGUAGUGGAGACUACCUAACGUUUGAAAGGCACAAGGAAGCCCAAUCUGCAAUGCAAGACACCAGGACUCCCUCAUCAAGACUAGAGGGCCUUAUUCCAAAGAUAGAAGAUUUCCAUGCCCAAAUGGAGUGGAUGCAGGUACAUGUAUUGCUAUUAACAUACAAAUGAGUUAUAUUUCAUAAUAUGUGGUAGUUUUGAGUGCGUUAGUGUGUCUUUCCAGGAAAACUACAUACUCCUUGGUGCAAAAGAGAUAGGAUAUUCCUUUGUGAGGAGAGGGGUGUGUUAUCAAAGACUGAAAACUUCAAAGAGAAUUAUAAAGCACAAUAAUUUGAAAUUCCAAAGAGGUGGAGAGAGGGCCUCAGUGGACUUGAUGAAGAGGGCAAGAGAAGCUAUGUGGUUAAAGCUAUCACAGAUUUCCUGGAAGAGCAUAUUGUUUACAGUGUACCUGAGUUGAGCCACACCGCUCCCACAAGCAAUGAUCUUAAGUGUCGAGUAUGCCAGAAAGCCUACAAAAGGUCAGCUGCUUUGAAAAAACACGAGGAAGAGAAGCAUGGGAUUCUGGACAUUAGUCAGCCUGCAACAGAACAGAGCCAGACAGUAGACAAGGUCAGAAACUACACCCAUCAGCUUCUCAUACUGCUGUUACUGCGCCUUGACCACAAUGAUGCGAUCGAACAUAGGGACGGUGAACGUGUCACAGGCUGUACAAAUACUUUUGUCUCUACUUCAAGGUGUCCAAUUGUCCGAAAUACUCAUUUGCCAUGCUUCAACUUCAAGCUCAAGUCAAUGUACUGUUGUCUCCCAGAUUGGCUCACUCACUCACUUGGAAUAGGUUUGUCAACCAUCAAGGGAAAUCAGAUACAAACCAUCCAAUGGAUCUGGAGAUUCAGCAUGACAAUAAGUUGUUCGAGAAUGACUGUCAAAGCUAUUGAGGUGAAAUUACCGACAAAACCAUCCAGCGUGUUGGUAGAAGCACAAUGCCCUCUGACGAAAUUCUCAGAAACUUUGACAAAACUUCUGAGGUAA